ACUUGAUUAACAAGCGAGGAAGACGCCCCGCUGCUUCCGCUCUGUGGCGGCCUCCCGAUUCCAACAUGUCGUUCUCCUACAGAAUCCGAUUCAUUGACAGAUGAAUGGACGACGGAAGUAAGUGUGAGUUGCAGGGCAGCUCUCUUCACAUGACCGCCUUGUGCACGUGUGUCCACACUAGUGACGGAGCGAGACAUCAGGAAGCUGAUCGAGCUUCGCGCCGCCAACGCCGCCAUCUUCACGGGACAGAGGCACUCGGCCAUGCGGGGCUGGAGGGCCAUCCGGCAGGAGCUGGGCCUCGAGGGGAUGGUGUCGGCGCGCCAGCUAAAGAAGAAGUGGGACAACCUGAAGGAGAAGUACCGGGUUCUGAAGCACCCUCCGGCAGGGAUGGAGCGGCCGGGGCGACCCUCGUGGCGCUGGUUCCAGCUGAUGGACGAGGCGGCGAGCGGGCAUCUGGCCGCUAGCGGCAAACUGCUGGAGCCGUCGUCGCUGGACGACGCCGCCGACGACAAUACCGCGCCUCACUUCACCUUCGGCGACUUGGCGGCGCACGCGGCCUCGAUCGGCUCGGACGAAGAAGCGGAGGCGUGCGGCGAGGUUGUAGUCGCGGCUCCGCAGAACGUGUUGAGCGCGGACGUCUCGGAGGCGAGCGGCGACGGUAAGACGGAAGUGCCGCCGGACGCCGGCAGCCAGCUUCUGCCCCAUGACGUGGCGCUGUACGCCACGCUGCUGCCCGAGGGCCUCGCCGCGGACGACGCAGAAGCGCCGGCCUGCGGCAGCCCCGCCGAACGUGACAGGCGGGACCUGGGCCCGCGCUCCAAAGGUCUGGAGCAGGAGCGGGCGGCGCUGGAGCAGGAUCGGGCGGCGCUGGAGCGAGAGAGGGCACUUUUGGAGCGGGACCGGGCGGCGCUGGAGCGGGACCGAGUGUGUCUGGAUCGAGACCGGGCCUUUCUGGAUAGGGACCGGGCUUUCCUGGAGCGGGACCGGGCACUUCUGGAUCGGGCCCGGGAAGAGGCGGCCCGGUCCGGGUCACUGCUUGCAAAUGCCGAGGAAAUGGCAGAGAACCAGCGCGCGGCCGACGGAGAUGGCGAGCCGCCCGCUAAGGAAGGGGUGGAGCCGACCAGGUUUUGCCAGAACUUGAUGGCGUUCGAUGUCGGACUCGAGCAGCUGGAGAGCACGCAGAGACUUGUGUCCUUGUUUGGCAGGCUGGUUGACAAACUCUAGAACUCUCGUAAAAUUGCACUGGGAUCCCUCCCUGGUGUGUGCGGUUACAACCGUGUCUAAAAUGGCAGCAUUUUUGUUAAACGUUGUAUCGGAAAACAUUGAAAACUGCCACAUUGAGUUACUUGAACAUUGGAAUUAUUACUCUGGAUUAAAUUUUUAUUUUUUUUGUGUUUUUUGGUGUGUUUUUGUCUUUUUGACUAGCAUCACAAAAUUUGGGAUGCACCCAAAUGCCCGAUGAGCCACGUUUCAAGCAUCUUUAAUGGAAUUAUGGUCCAAAAGGUAAACAUCUAUUUGGCAUAAGCCCUUCAAAAUAAAUUUAAAAAGUGAACAUGACACCACUUGCUCGAAAAGAAAUGGAUACGAGACUUUUCCUUUGUCAUGUAUCUUUUUACUAAUCGACAGAUGUCACUUACACAAAAUGAGAAUCUCCAAAUUCCUUCCGCGUUUUCCAAUAUUCCUUCUUGAAUAUGAACUUUACUUUGAAAGGACCAAACAAGAAGUAACUGUAUGCUAGAAUACUUCGGUGGCUAGACCUUGACUGAAAAGAAAUCUGCUGUGCCGUAGUGAUGUGUCGGUCGCGAACGAGCCGGCUCCCAGAGCUAAAAACUUUACCUGGAUGCUGCUUUUUUUUCAUUGUUUUACAAAUGUUAAUUUAUAAUUUGUUGUGUGGUAUUCAAAGCUUACUUAUAUUUUACUGUAAAUAGUUAA